AAUAACGAUCAUCGUUUGCUCCAACGCAUAGGGAGCACUACCGGUCCAGUAGAUCGUUAGCCGUGGUAUUGUGUCGUUGGAUUAAAAUCGCGGCGGUUUCGGCGCUAAUAUAUAAAUAUAACUUUGUACGACGUUACAGCAAAAAUUCACCUGAAGCAUAUAUAUUAUGCUUAUAUAUAGUCACAAAUAGUUAGACAUAUUUUUUUACUAGUUAAUACAACUUAACUGCCUAAUUUUAUUUAAAAAUAUAAUAAGAAUAAUAAUAAUUAGUGCAAAAAAGUGAGUGAGAAUUGAGAGAACAGGUGCGGCUAAUCGUAAGGAAAAGGGUGCGGUGAAAAAUGUCCGGUGACGUGCAGCCGCGUAAGCGAAAGGAUAAGAAAAAGAAACGUGAUGGCUUCGAUCGUAAAUCGGAGGGUGAAUUAUCUUUUUCGCGCCAUUCAAGCUUUGAAGAGGAUGAGUCUUCGCAUGGCGUCCACAUCACCAAGAUGGGCAGCGAAGAUGUCCACUUCCAUGUUCAGCACGAACAUGGCACUGGCGGCCAUUGGUGCGCGAAGAUAUUCUUCUUUUCCCUAUUAGCCAUACUUUUUGGUCUUGUUGGCUUGAUUAUUUUGGAGAAUCGCGGCAUAUCCGAUUUGGACACACCGUUAUCAGAGUCACGUUUCUCGAAUUAUUUUGACGGUUGGGUGGACGAGAGUCGGCAAGAGCAUGACGAUCAUGAUCCCGUGCAGGCGUCAAUAGAAGAACAUGACGAGCAUGACGAACCAUUCGAAGAGGAGGAAGAUCACUCUGAAUUGGAUGAAGAUGCCGACGAAGAGCAUGAUGAUGAAGAUGAUGAUGAGCAUGAUGCCGAAGAAGAAGAUGCCACCACGGAACAAACUAAAGAGGAAGAAGAGGAUGAGGAUAAUGAUGAAAAAGAUGAAGAUAACGAUAAUGAUGAUGAAGACGAUGAAGAAAAUGCAACCGCAGAGGCUACUGUAGAACAAAGUAAUGAAGAAGAAGAAGAUAAUGAUGAUGAUAAUGAUGUUGCUAAUGACAAUAAGGAUGAGGAGGAGGAUGAAGAUGACGAUGAAGAUGAGAAUGUAACACCAGAAGCAACGAAAGAAGAAGAAGAAGAUGAUGAAGCUGAUGAUAAUGAUGAGGAUAAUGAAGAUGAAAAAACCGCUGAAGUUAGUCAAGAAGCAAAUGACGAUGAUAAGGAUGAUAAUGAUAAUGAAGACGACGAAAAUGACAGCAAAGCUAAUGCGGCUGAUGAAGAUGAUGAUGAUGACGACGCUGAUAAUGAUGAUGAUGAUAAUAGCGUCGAACCCAUCUAUGAGCGCUCCACGCAACAAACCAGCCAACGUUCCACCGGCAAUAGCGCCGCUGCUGCUGACGAUGAUGAUGAUGCUUUUGAUGAGGAAGAUGAUGACGAUGAAGCCAACGACUCCGUAGAGAAUGUUGUCGAUAAUGACGCAGAGGAGCUUUUGUUGUUACAACAAAAAGCGCGACAACAAGCAGCGGAAGCAGCAAAGAAUGCACCGAACUCUGCAGAAAAAGACGAUAAAGACGACUCAGCUGAAGCGGUGCCGUCUUGGGCCUCAUCUCUUGCGGUUAAAAUUGGCGUCGGUGUGGCACUCGCGCUUGUUGCACGCCUUGUAUUGAUUAGGAAUAAUCCAAAUACAAUCAUUGAAAUGUUUAAGAUUUUAUACGCAUAUUAUAUUUUGCGCCAUUUUGAGGAACCUGCACCAGAGGUGAUAAUGAAACGCCGUCUAACAAUUGCAAGCGAGGCGGACACCUACGACAACGAUGAGGAGGAGCCACCACUGCUAGAUGAUGGGGAGUACUCCGAAGAGGAAAUCGAAAUCGAAGAGGAAUACGAAUAUGAAGAAGAUGAAGAAAUAGAAUUACCUGAAGAUCCCGACGACAAUCUAUCAGCCUUGGCUGGCGAAUAUAUACCCGAAACGUUCGAACAAUUAAAUAACCUUUAUCGUUCACGGCUAAGCGAGGCAGAGUCGGCUCAUACGAGCGCAACACCUGCGCGUGUGGAAGAAGUGCGAGAUCAACGUUUUGUUGCGAAGAAAUCACCAGCAGUAUUCACCGCACCACCACCACCGCCAACUACUACUACUGAUAAAUCAUUUAAGAAGGUAUCACCAUUUACAACGCCAGCGACAACAACAAGAACAGCACAAACAUUUACGCCAAGUUUAGGUCAAACACAAUCACCAACAACAACAGCAAGUACGAAAGACGAAACCAUAAAACCAAAGCAAAACUUCAAUACCACAAUAACAAAAACAACAACGGCAGCUGAUCUAUACUCACCGAAAAGCAACACCAAACAAUACAUACCGGAUUCACCAAAAACGACAAAACACGAUGUUACACACGAUUUGGAUUAUCAACCCGACGAAGAAGAUAUUGAUUAUGAUGAUGAUGAUGGUGGUGUUGAUGAUGAUGGUGUGGGUGUGGGUGGCGCAUAUAGGCGCGACAUAUUGGACGAUACAGAUGAAGAGGAUGAAGAGGAGGAAGAGGAUGAGGACGAGGAAGACAUCGAUGAUGAUCUAUUAGAUGAUGAUGAUAUUUCAGAUGUCGACGACACUGAACUCAUGAAUAGAUUGGAGGCCAAGUAUGGCCGCUUGCCGGCAAAAGAAUACGAGAGUGAUGAAGAUCCCGACGAUCCAACAUGGACACAAAUCAAGCCAAAGGAAGAAUUAGGUGGUGGACCCCAAGCUCAGAACGAUGAUUUUGACUCGUUUGAACACGAGUUGCGCCGUGCAAACGAAGAUCUAAUGCGAGAGAAUUACGCGCUCGCCGAUAAACGUUUCGCCGAACUCGUGCAGCGAUUUCCCGAUCGACCAGCAGCGUUUCUCGGGCAAGCGAGGUUACUCGAUAAGAUGUCGGAGCAGCAGCGUAGCAAUAACCUGCUGAAUCAAGCUAUACAGGCGUACAAGCGUUACUUAGCGUUCGGCGACGACAUCACCGAUCAUGCGCAGUUUCGGAAGGCUGCCGAGCGCUGUAUCGAGCGUAUGCGCUUCAUGGGUCACCACAUGCAGGCGGUGCCCAUACACCAGCUAUUGAUUGCGCGCUUUACGAAUAAACCGGAUGUGCGGAAUGAAUUGGCCAUCACGUACCUGCUGCAGAAUCGCUUAUCCGAUGCCAAACUGGUGCUACAGGAAGUGCUGCGUCGUUGGCCCAAGGAUGGAUUUGCGCAGGUGCACUAUGGUUUUGUUUUGCGUCAGCUGGAUAAAGAUUAUGAGAAUGCCGUUAUUUACUUGCGUGCGGGCAUCAAUUCGAAAGCGCCGGGCACUCAGGAUGGUCGCUUCUAUUUUAAUCUUGGCGAUUCGUUGCAACGUCUGGGCCGACAAGCGGAAGCUAUUAAAGUGUAUAAACGCGCCGCUGCUCUGCAGCUGUUUCCCUCCAUUUAUCAGCGUUCACUGUACAAUGAACCCGAUUUGCGUGCACAACCUUACUGGACCAAAGCUGAGACUACAUAUGCUGAAUACCUCAACAAAUUGGAGCUCAAUUGGCAGGCGAUACGUGAUGAAGCGUUAAGCUUGUUGAGUAGGCGUGGCAAUUAUCUCGACGAAGCUGAAAGCUUGCGUGACACCGGUAAUUGGCAGCAAUACGAGUUGUAUUCACGCGGUCAGCGGCGUGUUAAGAAUUGUCAGAAAGCGCCUAUAACGUGUGGGCUUAUUGAAAAAUUUACGGCGGCAGCUGGCUGUAGACGCGGUCAGGUGAAAUUCAGUAUCAUGCAACCGGGCACGCAUGUUCAUGCUCAUUGUGGUCCGACGAAUUGCCGUUUGCGUGCACAUCUGGGUCUCGUUGUGCCGAAAGGUCCAAGAUUGCGUGUGGCUGAGGAGGAAAGGACUUGGAAGGAGGGUGAAUUUUUGAUAUUCGACGAUAGUUUUGAACACGAGGUUUGGCAUAAUGGUACUAGUUUACGCCUUGUUUUGAUCGUCGACGUCUGGCAUCCCGAUUUGAGCGCAAUGAAACGACGAACGCUCUCAGCGAUUUGAUUGCAAAAUGUGACUACCUAUGUUACACACAUACAUAUGUAGUUGUUGCCGUUAAAAGUUCCUGUUCGCACCACACCAAAUACAUUGCAACGUUAAUUUAAUUAUUACAACAAAAAUAUAUUUUGCUUUUUAAGACGGCUUUUAUAAAUAGCUUAUUAGAAUCUAAGCUUACACGCUUGCUAACAAGCUAACUAGUUUGCUAAUUGCUAUUAAAAUUUCGUUACUAAAAUUGUUUAUGCAAAAAGUAUAAAAAUGUAACUCAAAGGUAUAUUUUUAAGAUCACUUAGAAGUCAUUAUAUGCGGUUUAAUUUGGAUAAGAGAGAGUUUCUAUGCCACUGCUGAUAUAAUAUUAUGUUACUUAAUACGUAGGUCUAGGUUUGUUUUAUUUUUUCUAUUAUUUUUCAUAAAAAAUUUAGUUGUGAAAAACAAAAAAAAGUAGAAUAAUUAAACAAAUUAUAGUGUUGUUGAACGUAUUGCCGAAAAUAAGCAUAAGUAUUAAAAAAAUAAAUUCGGAAUUGAAAUAUUAAAAAAAAAGAAAAAAAAAAAUUGAAAUAAAACAUUUUUUUCCUUAAUGUUCAAUUAAUUUCAUAUAUUUGUAUGACUUUUUUAAUUAAAUAUUUUUCUCAAGUAAUUAUCAAAUAAAUCAUUAUUGGCUUGCAUCAUCCUGUAUUUUGUUUUACAUUUGGUGAGGGCGUAACAAACUUUCUUGAAUGAACAACAAUAAGAAUAUAUUUUUUUUAUAAAAAUUCUUUUAUUUUCUAUUAAAUUAGCAUUAGUAUACACCUCUAAAAUUACUAUAAGUUUUAAUAUUUAUUUAUUCAUGUGUAAAGACAGUUGUGUAAACUUAUUGUUAACCGAACGAAAGCAAUUUAAUAUUAUACAAUUACGACUAAUACAAAAGCCACUGUGAAUAUAAUAUAAAGUCAAACAAAUGUGUUGUAAAUAUGAAUUUUUAAUAAAUUUGCUUUCAUUUUCUACACCGA